UGAGUUGCUAAACGGCAAUAUGAUUAUUAUUCCGUAGAGUUCAUUUGGUAAACCAAUUUAACAAUUUAAAGAAACUCCUACACAAAGCAAAGCAAAUCGGAGUAUUGAGUCUUUACCAAGAUAAUAUUGGUCGAGUUUGACUAAGACUGUCGGUAAAGUCAUUUUAGCGUGUGUAUUAUUCUUGUUCUUAUUCAGUAGUUUAAAACUUCACUGGAAACAUGCGGCCAAAUGCAAUGAAAUGCUGUAGUGUGCCUUCAUUAAAACUGAGCACCAUUAUUUUUAAAGGGCUUUUUUUAUUUUGAUCCUUGAAUUGUUACGGUGACCAAGUGUCAUGACUAGUUUCACACGAAUAGAUUUGUAAUAAGUCUUUAAGGCAAUUGACCGACUGAAUUGUCAAAUAGCAGUAAAAAUGACAGUCAUUAUAGUAUUCACUAACUUUGAAUUACAGUUUCAGACACAAUGCUACAUGUUUAUAAUUGUGUAUUCUGAGGCCCAAUGCUUUAUUGAUGUUUGGGCAGCAAUGGGAAGCAGGUGUGCCUCUAACCUGUGUACUGGGUUUGAAUUUUGGCUGCAGCCUACUCUAGAAUUCGUCUAACCUGCAGAUAUUUAGAUCCUCCUACAUUAUAAAAAUAUCCAUCCAUCCAUCCAUUUUUCAAACUGCUAAUGCUCGCUCGGGUCGCAGAUGUGCUGGCGCCGAUCUCAAAUGAAUUCAGGCAGGGGCAGAGUACUUCCUGAAUUGGCUGCCAGCCAAUCGCAGGGUACAUAUAAACAAAGAACCAUUUGCACUCAAAUUUCUACCUAGGGACAAUUUAGCGCACACGUGUCAAACUCAAGGCCUGGGGACCAGAUCAGGAAAUAUGAUGCGAACUGGUUGAUUUAAUGGGUCCAAUUAUUGGGAUGUCACCAGACAAGAAAACGGAAAUUCUGGAUAUGCAAGAGGGGCGGACAUGGCUUCGAGGAGUUUGUGGAGUGGGAACACUGCCUGAGGCGGAGUGCGCAUCCAGCCCCCUUGCGACCAGCGUGGAUCGGACUGGAGGUACUGAAGAUGAGGAACUCACCAACCUCAACUGGCUCCAUGAGAACCUGCUUCAGAACUUCACAUUAGGAGGUCCAGAAGCUCAACCCAGUGGCAGCCCCCUCUUUGACAUCGAGGGAGAUUAUGGAUCCAGCCAUGGAACUUUAACCUCCUCCUCAGCCUCAGCUCACAGUAGGGGCAGGGAGCGGGACUCAUUGAAGUCUAAACCCCCUUUCUCGUUUUCGCUCCUCAUCUACAUGGCCAUUGAGCAAUCGCCCAGCAAAUCUUUACCUGUCAAAGAAAUCUAUGGCUGGAUUCUUGAGCACUUCCCUUAUUUCUCCAAUGCUCCCACUGGAUGGAAGAACUCCGUGCGUCACAAUCUCUCCUUGAAUAAAUGUUUUCGAAAGGUCGAAAGGAGUUUAGGAAAGACCAAUGGGAAAGGUUCUCUCUGGUGUGUCGACCCAGAAUACCGCCCCAACCUGAUUCAAGCCCUUAAGAAGCAGCACUUUCCCGCCGCACAUGCCUUCUGUACACCACCCGCCUCCCCGCCCAGUGCCUCCUCACCCCCUCGUCAUCUCUUUCUGCAAGGUUGCUCAUUUAAAGAGUCUGAUAUUGAUGCUGCCACUGCCAUGAUGCUCUUAAACUCUGCCCCAGGGCACCACGUUGACCCAUGCAAUUCUGACAGCCCACUGGACCUCUCCAGACCCGACUCAGUCCUAGUGAGCAGCGAUCCAAAGCAGGACCACAACUACAGCAGUGUCGCCCUGCAGCGCUGCUCCUCCCGGUCUUCCUCCUCAUCCUUGUCCUCCUUAGAUGAAGGAGGCUGCGACCGCAGGCAGUCCCGCCGCGCCGGCAGCGAGGGCUUCCACAGCGACGACGACUCCGACCUCUGGGAGGAGAGAAGCGCCAACCAAAUGCAGCGCCGCCCACCCGCCAUUAAGUGGCCUGUUGGCAAAAGGCCACGACGCGAGGUCAAGCUGGAGCUCGAUGAGGAGCUUAAAGAGGCCGCUGGUUCCUUGCUGCACCUCGCUGGUAUACGCAGCUGCACAGAGGGCUCCAAACGCAAUGUCAAGAGCACAAAACUUAACAGGAAAUAAAAAUUUAAAAUAUACUCCGAAAUAAAAAUACCCUGUCAUCAGACUCCGGACCCUGUGAACCGUCACCUCCGUCGUUUGUCCCAGUGUGCCUCCUUCUCCUUAACUCAUCGAAUAUUUGCCAUUUUGAGCCUUUCCUUCAUUGUUUUUUUGGGAUAUCUCUGUCCAACAAAACAAAUGGCAAUAGUAUUGUUCACACAGGAGAACAAAGCCAUAAAGAGACUUUUGCAGCUUCGGAGCGGUCACAUUACAUUGCGGGGUGUCUAGGCUAUGGCGAAUUGAAUCCAAAAUGAACUGCCUGCUUCUGUCGACAUGGACGAUGGUGAAUCAAGAUUUUUUUUUUUCCUCUGACAAAUGGGAAAGCUUUUUCUAACUCAAAGCGUUGCAUGCUUCCUCCUCAAUCCUGUAUCCUCUUCCAAGUGAAUCUAUGUAUGAAGUGAAUGAGUGCAUGUUUGUAAUGGACAAAAGCUAACCUGGUGUUAUAAGUUUUCCCUCCUGUGCUCAAAAGAUAAAGGAAAUAUGGCACUGUUUUAAAAUAACUUGUGCUCUACAGCUCUUGAGAGAGAGAUGCAAUAAUUUCACAACCUUAAUUUUUUUCACAUCAUUUAAUGUGAGUUUUCCAGCCCCAGAGAUGCUAGUUAAGCUCGAAUUGAGCGAAUGAAUGAGAUAGUGUUAGUCUUCUUUUGCCAUGAACAUAAAUGACACACAACUUUUGAGGAUUAGCAAAACUGGGAGUACUAUUUAUUCUGCCACUGCCAAAUUUUACUUGCAAACUUUGCCACUGCGCCAGGCUCUGUUUUGGUCUGGUUAAUCACUUUCAUCUACCCGUGUGUUUUACAUUUGUGGCGUAAACGUCUCAAAUGAAAUCAACAUCUGCCUCUUGACUUUGUGCAUAUGAUUUCCUCCAUAAUUUUUACUUUUUGUGUGUUUGUGUGUGUUUGCUUCAGUCCAAACCCAAGGUGAGAUGAGAGAAUCAGUUGCUCUUCCCAUGCAAAAAAAAAAAAAAAGUAGCCAUGAUGCUCAACUCAUUGUGUAUUCACCCUUGUGGAUUGGAUGGUAAAUAACCACUGGUUCUUGUACUGUAUUUGGAGUUUAUUCCUUGUCGAAGUCUGCUGCAAGGGAUAAUUUGUGAGAGAAUUGCAGUAGAGCUUGUCAAGGGCAUGAUAAACUUACCAGUACAGAUAUGAAUGCACAUAACUGGAAUCCAUAUGAAGAUUUGUACUGCUCUCGUAAUUAGGCCUCACUUCCGGUUGUCGGCCACUCGUGUUCCUCUCGCGGCACUUCCUCCUUAAAACAAAAUAAGGAAGUACUAUUCCCCCUCAAACUGUUAAAUGUGGUGUUUACGGUCAGCUGAUUAGUCGGCUCACUCUGGGAGGUUGCAGGCCACAUUUCUCAUUUAGGUAUUAAAAUCAAAAGUACUUCACAAUCUGAGGAAAACAGACAUGCACUAUAGCAAUCUCAUCCCACGUGAGUUAAAAAAACAAAACAAAAAAGUGCCACAGUGGGUUAUGGUAGCUGCAAGUAUACCAUGUAAUGUCUGUGCCAAACAUUUUACUGUGCCACUGAUAUAAAACUGCAAGGGGCCAUAGUCACUAUGUUUCCCUGUUCCCACCAUAUAAUUAUGUUGAGAGUCAUGACUUGAUGUCCCAGUUUUCUGAAGCCCAUUAACAGGAAAUGCGUGUGGACUCUGGGAAGUGUAGUGACGCAACCAAUCCUUUGGUUGAUUUCAGCCACUUUGUGGUUGGAUCUGUUCAAAGUAAGCUGCAGACGUACAGUAAUUCUUGCAUACACUGGUCUUAUUUUGCUGUGAAAGAAGAACAAUUGUUCAUGAGUCGUUACCUUAUUUAUAACAUUAAUUUAUGAGGUGGAAACACCAUUAAUCACUGGUCAUCUGAAAGGAAUGACGAGGCACAUUUUUUUUUUUUCUCAUAAGUAUUUUGUCUUGCUCUGCUUUUUAUUUCACAGCAAUACACCCUAUUUUCCCUCUUUUAUUGUUAUAAGUUUUUUUUUUGCCAAUUGUCUAUAGAGGGGGUGUUUUAUUUUUGUUUGUUUUUGCAAUUUAACUAUGACUGCCAGGUUUUCUUUGCUUUUUGUUAGCAUGUAUAAAAAAUCUCAAGAUUCAUACAAAAUCCUUCUUUUGCUGCCAAAUUUGAAAUUUGAAUACUUGGAUGGUGCAAAAUGGCACAUAGUCCCCGUGUGCUAGAGAAUUUCUGAUUUAAUCAUUUUACAUUUUGUCUCCAUGCGUAUGUUAAUACAGUAUAUUUUUUACUUAAGCUAAGUACAUAAAACUACUGCCACUCGAUCGGUCAUGCUUCCAGGUCUUGUGAAUUAUUUUAAUUGUCACUGGAAAUUGGAGAAGACUGACUCACGGAAUCCCCAGGCUGCUGUAGAUGCAGAACCAAUGUUUUGUUUUGUUUUUUUGAGCAGGAGUGGGGAACCUACACCGUGAGAGCAUAAAUCUGGUCCACAGAACAUUUAAGGACUCAGAGGAAGUCCAAAAUAUUGAAACCAGUAAUUCUCAUAUAAUAAUGUAUGAGGUGAUAUUUAAUGAUAAACAUAAUUAAUUUUUUUCCCCCUUGAGCUGUGAUAUGGCCCUCAGAGGACACCAUAAAAACUGGAUUGGCCCCUGAAAAGAAAAAGGUUCCCCACCCCUGAUAGGGACUUAUCACUCGUUUUUCCCUUAACACUCACUUGUCAAAUGAAGGUUCUGUUUCUCUCGCUGACUACAAAAACUGUAAAAGUAGAGAUGCCACAAAGCUAAAAUCACACAUAACACCAGUCGCUCUGUUCCUUAUCAGCUUUUAUUGAAUAUCGGUCAUAUGGUUCUAAAAUUUAAGUUGCAGGUCCUGUAUGGGUAUGAUUAAAUUGCAUUGGUUGAAAAAUGGAAAAAAAAAAAUUAAAACUGCCAGCCCAGUAUCGGUUUGUGUCUGCCAUGGCUUUUGACUGACACAUUUUUUUUUUUUUUUGUAUGCUAACCUCUGUUGAUAAAAUGUUUAUAAGAUUUAUUUUCGCCAAAGAUAUGCAAUUGCAUUAUAUAUGGUAUUACAAAACUAUUAAUAAAACCUGUUCUUCUUA